AAAUUGUCACAUCCACAUCGUUCGUUCAUCGAUAUGUGGAAAUAUGUAUUAUUGUUCGUUGCAGUUGUUGCAUAUGGCUCUGGAGAUGAUCCUAGUGUUUCAGAAAAACUGCGGUCCCAAAAUUUCAACUUUUUGGUAGAGGUCGUGAGAAAAGAUACAAAGGAAAGAGUAGCCGUGGGUACCCUGUUAUCUCCUACCCGAGUUUUAGCCUCAGCGAAGGGUUUGGUUUUAAGCCCGUUCAGUUAUGAAGCCAAUCUGGUGGUUCGACAACGACGUGGAAAGGGAUUUUUUGACCAGAUUGUAACGAUAAUAGCACAAGUGAUUGGUAGUGCGGUUGAAGGUGCGGUUGGUAAUGUGGUUAAUAAUGCAAUAGGAAAAGGAAAAAGCGGGAGCAGCGGCGAGGAAAUGAACUCAAAUCUGUUAAAUAAUGGCGAUAUUACAAUAUUAACCAUAAAACUACCACAUCCUGUCUCUCGCUCAGCUUUAACAUUUGUCAAACUAUUGAUACCUUCAGACAUCAGAUCACCAAAAUCAUCAUGGCCUUCAGAGUGGCACACUGCGCAGUUUAAAUUAGCAGACACACCUUGUAAAAAAGCCACCGUUUUAGGAUGGAAACAAAGCGCUACGGUGGAUAUAAUUGGAGCGAAGAAGUGUGCAGAACAAUUGAACCUUCAGUUAAAUGACGGACAAUUCUGCAGCUUGAACGAGAGAAAGUUAUUUUGUGAUGCAAAUCAACAAGGCGGUCCAAUCAUGUGCGGCGAUUUCCAAGUUGGUAUCUUGAUCCCUGGGCUUUACUGCAACGAAGAGCCAUUUCAGUUUGCUCCUAUUGGAUUUUAUAUUGAUAGCAUUGCCAAUGCUAUGGACCCACGAGAAGAUGCAAAACCACUACCAAAUGAUAAUUCAUCAGUACCAACACCAACAAUAACUGAAAGCGAGGGAAUUUGCUUGAAACCCUAUACAAAUAUUUUUGUCUUAUUAUUGAUUGCUAAAUUAUUGUAAAUUUUUAUUUAAAACAGUGAAUAAAUAGCCAUUCACAUUUUAA